AUGGCCACUAUCCUUCGCCCUCUCUCUCGCACCCUCCCAAGAACAAUCCUCAACCCAACCUCCCUCCGCCCAGUCACCCAAACACAACUCAGAAUGGCCACCACCCGCAUCGCAACCAUUGACGUACUGCUCCUCUCCCCUCUCCUACCCUCUCAACCUUUCUCAUCCAUCCUCACUAACACCAAUCAGUCCUCCCUCCGCGACCGCCUCCCCCUCCAAUCACCAACCCUCUUCAGCGCUAAAGCGGCCAAAAACCUCACCUUCGCAGACAUCGCCUCCUCCAUCGGGCGCAACGAAGUCGCCGUAGCCGCAAUCUUCUACGGCCAAGCGCAAACCACGCCGGAAGACGUAACGGCGCUCUCCAAAUGCCUCUCCAUCGACGAAGGGGAAUUGAAGGAACAAUUGGCGGGUUAUCCAUUUAGGGGCCAUGUGAUGGACAUGCCGCCCAGAGAGCCGUUGAUCUAUAGGCUGUAUGAGAUUGUGCAGAAUUAUGGGUAUGCGUAUAAAGCGAUUCUGAAUGAGAAGUUUGGGGAUGGGAUCAUGAGUGCGAUUAGUUUUAGUACGAAGGUGGAGAAGGAGGUGGAUGAGAAGGGGGAGUGGGCUGUGAUUACACUUAGGGGGAAGUGGUGA